CUAUCAAGAUAGCAAGCUUCAACAGUGAUCUGGCAUUUACCGGACAACGUUCUAACCCAAAGCAGCUCCAACCUUAAUUGAUCUCAUUCGCCCACCGCCUUCUUCGUUAUCUCAAAGAAUUGAUCUCAUCAUCGGCCAGUCUGGUCCGCGUCAUCGCGCUGACCAACCAUCGGAAACACCUCGCUUUCCCUCCCCCCACCACCUUCUAUCUUCCAAGAUCCCCCAAGUCUACCAUCUCCCUCUCAUCCUCUUCCUUAUUCUCUGCGUUACACUCGCACCAGUCUCACCCUAUCGCCCGUCCGUCCGUCCGCCCGUCGAUGGCCAUUUUUACCUCUCCAAGAUCCCUUCAAAAUGCCCACUCGGCUAUAUCGCCUCAGUUCAUGACCCAGUCCCAACCGGGAUUGGGUUCCGCCAUUUUCCAAAGUGGCGCGCCCCAUUCGAAUCACCCGUCCUUCUUUCACUUCGUGCUGCUCGUCUUCGAAGCCGUCCUCGAGGUGGUCUGUGUCAGUCUUCCGGGCUAUUUUGCCGCCAAGCAGGGUCUGUUCGAUGCAGAUGCCCAGAAACUGGUCGCAAAUCUGAACGUCACGCUGUUCACACCAUGCCUGAUCUUCACGAAGCUUGGAUCUCAACUCACGGCAGAGAAGCUGACUGACCUGGCCAUCAUCCCGGCCAUCUUCGUCGUUCAGACCAUCGUCUCCUACUCAUGUGCUUUUGUUGUCUCGCGAUGUCUCCGGCUCAAGAAACGACAGUCCAACUUUGUUGCAGCCAUGGCGGUCUUCGGAAAUUCCAACUCGCUCCCCAUCUCUCUCGUCAUGUCUCUCUCCCAAACUCUACAAGGCCUUCACUGGGAUCGUAUACCUAACGAUAAUGACGACGAAGUGGCGGCGCGUGGUAUUUUAUAUCUGCUGAUCUUCCAGCAGCUGGGCCAACUCGUGCGCUGGAGCUGGGGUUAUCACGUCUUGCUAGCUCCCCGCGAACGGUAUCUGGAGGAAGGCGAAAGAGAACAGGGCGCCAAUCUUAUCGGUCAGGGUCAGGAACGCUACACCGACAAUCCCGAGCAGAUCGAUCCGGACGAACCUCUCGUGAGGACCCGCGACGGAGACGAUGCCACGGAGUCCUCGGGAAGCGUGGAUGGGAGUGAUGAGUUCACUUCGGGACAGGAGACGCCCGUGAGCGCGCGGGACCACCCCUACACGAAGCUAUCGGCUCAUGGCACGGGUCAAGAGGAACCCCACCACCCUACCGUCCUCGGACCUCCCCCGCAGGGCCCGUUCCUCCCCCGCCAGAGCACCACCGGCGACAUCAUGUGCUUCCCGAAUGUGGAGGUGGCGGCCCAAGCAGAGGAGAACCAGACAGGAGUCGUUCCACGUGUGAAGAAGUCCGUCGGUCGGGUUCGUGGUCGGAUCUCAGGCGUCUGGAGCAAGGCAACCGGCGCGGUUUUUCGGCGCCUGCCUGUGGGAGUGCAGAAGGCACUGAAGGUCAGCUCCAACGGUGCCCGGAAAUUCGCACACGGACUCUGGGACUUCAUGAACCCCCCACUGUGGGCCAUGCUCAUCUCAAUCAUCGUGGCGUCCGUUCCUUCGCUGCAAACCCUAUUCUUCGAUGAAGGGACUUUCGUCCGCAACUCGGUGACACGAGCCAUCAGCCAGAACGGUCAGGUCGCCGUGCCAUUGAUCUUGGUCGUGCUGGGCGCGAAUCUCGAGCGGAACACGUUACCCAAAGAGGCUCUCCAAGAUGUCGACCACCCGAACGAGGAAAAGAAGCUGAUCAUCGCUUCAUUGGUGGCGCGCAUGGUGCUGCCCACCCUCAUCAUGGCGCCCUUCCUCGCACUGCUGGCCAAGUACGUGCCGGUCAGCAUCUUAGACGACCCGAUCUUCAUCAUCGUUUGCUUCCUACUCACGGGCGCCCCAUCGGCCCUUCAACUGGCGCAGAUCUGCCAGAUCAACAACGUUUAUGUCAGCGCGAUGUCGAAACUGCUGUUCCAGAGCAUGGCUAGGAUCCUCCCCUCCACUCUUUUCCUCGUCAUGUGUGCCUUGGAGGUGGUCGAAUGGGCUUCUGCUUGAACUGAUGCGUUUUUGUUUUCGC